UGAAGAUCACACGAAGCACUGUUCAGUCCAUCAUUUGAAAAAAAAAAAAAAAGGUUUAGCACAACUGCAAACUUACCAAGAAAUGGCUGUCCACCUUGGCAAAGUAGGUAUUAAUCAGAGAAGCAGCCGAGAGGCAUGGUAACACUGGGGGAGCUGCAGAGAUGCAGUCCACAAAUCUGGCUUCAUGGAAGAGCGGUAAGAAAAAGCCACUGAAAAUAACAUGUUAAGUCCUGUUUGGAGUUUACCAUGAUUUAUGUCAAAGACACAGGGACCAUGAAAGGUGCCCUGGGCAGAUGAGAUGAAAAUCUAACCUGUCCUAUGUGCAGAACGUUAUGUUUGGCAGUAGACUAAAACUGAAUAUCAUCCAGUGGAAACAUGAUGGUGGCAGUAUCAUGCUGUGGGAUGAUUUUGUUUAGUAGGGAAGAUGGGUAGAGCUAAAUCCAGGGCCAAACAUUUUUGAAUGUUGCAAAAGACUUGAGACUGGUCCGUCUAGACCAACUAAGCAUACAGCCUUAACUAUAAUGUAAUGGUUUAGAUCAAAGCAGUUUUAUGUGUUUGAAUGGUCCAAUCAAAGAAAAAAUGCAGCCUCUUGAUAUGCAAGACUACUAAAGACUAACAAAUGUACAGCUGUUAUUGUAGCAAAAGGUAUUUUGACAGUAUUGACUCAGGGGGGCUGAUUAACAAAUGCACUUUAAAGUUUUUAUGAAAAAAAAAAACGUUUCCUUUUCCUGUGACGUGACAAUGUAAAAAGGGUAUGAAUAAUUAUGCAAUGCCUUGCAAACAUAUAGAUCUUUAUUACCAGUUUUUACUUAACAGGCUAGCUGUGAGCAGGCUUUUUAAAAGCUGGUGUGAAUUGUUGGCGUAACUAUGGAAACGCUUCAUGCAAAUGAUCGUAAAACGUGUCAGGGAUGGCAGAAAAAAGAGGAACCGAAAUGAGAAGCAAACUAUCUGGGGAACCAAAUCGUGUCAGUUUGGAAGAACGAAGGGGUGUAAAAAUGCAACCGGACAUCUGCGUGACAUAAAGGCCACCUGCUCCUCUGUCACCCGCUCUGAGGUUUAUCUCCAGCUCGGACGUUUCUGGUAAACUCUUUAAGUUAUUUCCCUCAUUAUUCUUUCAGUGCAACUCAUGCCGGAAGCGGCAGCUCAGCUGUAAAUCCGAACUGCAGCUUGUUUAGUAUGUUCUGAUUUUGACUUAACAUUUCGUUUUAUGACUUUUAUUAUAACAUUUAUUCCUCCAGGCUGAUUUUCACGACCUCUUACAGCGCGGGGGAAUCCCAGAGUUGUGUUUAAAGCCUGUAGUUUUUCUCGUGUGUCGGGGUCCGUGGGUAGGUUUGGUGGUUAGCGCCCAUUCAGGCAACAGUUGGUGCGCUGUUGUGUUAGUGAGUCACAUCUCUCAGGGGAAUCAUUACAGCUCUGUGUGGUGCCAGAGGUCUCCUCUCCUGUGAAUGCAACGCAUACAAUCUAAUCUGUAUCUUUGUCUGGAUUUGUUAUGGUUUGUUGGAAGGGGUAAAUACGGAGUUAGAAGAUUGGAGAAAUGAAUAUCAGCAGUCUCAGUGAAGAAUCGCUGAACAAGCUGUCAAAGAUGCUGGACAACUGCAGUUGUGGUUGGAGGCAGUUGGCCAACGCCGCGGGUGAGCACCCGCAAUUCCGCUGUAGUGAAAAGGAGCUGACCAGCUGCUCCCUUCAGGUGCUGGACGCUGCAGGCAGUCCUGCCCGCACCUUUCUGGCUUGGUUAGCAGAUCGAGGCUGCCCCAUGGACUUCCUCCUGCACUGUCUGAGGAAGAUGGACAACAAGGAAGCUCUACAGUUCCUCACCACCACAGUGUCGGAGCAGAUUAGGAUCACUGUGCAGCCACAGUCUCAGCAGGCUUCGCUGGGGAGCAGGGUGGUACUGACCUGCAGGGCUUCUGGACCUCCUGGACUUAGCUACCAGUGGUUCAAAGGCAAAGUGGAGAUUUUACAUGAGACAGGAAGUUUGCCAGAGUUGGUUCUGUGUCCUUUGGGCCCAGCUCACCAGGGUUACUACAUCUGUAGAAUCAACCAUGGAGGACAAUGCCUCUUCUCCACGUGGGCUCAUGUUCGACUGGUUCACUCUGCAGGUUGCAGCAGUCUGUUUCCAGGCUCAGUAAGCGGACUGCAAAUCAGCCAGCAGCCUCAGACCCAAGCAGCAUCUGAAGGGGAUGUUUUGGUCAUGAAGUGCAAGGCAGAGGCUAACCCCCCUCCCCAGUAUGAGUGGUAUCACAACAAAAUGCCCAUACCUCAACAAAAAGCAUGCUCCCUCAAGAUCCCAUGUGUAACCACAGAGCACAGAGGGGAGUACAGAUGCAAGGUGUUUAAUCUGUAUCACGAGGCAUGGAGCGACACAGCAACAGUGACAAUUGGCCCAAGUUCAGUCACAGACGCCUCCUGGGUAGAAGUUGAUCGUGGGUUAGAGUCUCAAGAAGUCCAGAGGUUGAAAACCGGAGUAGGAAUAAAUCCACUACAGCAGAUGGCCUGUCCUCCUCCAGCAGCCAAGAAUUUCUAUGCUACAGACAAAGUUGCCCUCCUGAUUGGCAACAUGAACUACCUCCACCACACUCAGCUGACUGCUCCCAUUUCUGAUGUCCAUGAGCUGACCAACCUUCUCAGACAGAUGGACUUCAAAGUCGUCUCCCUGCUUGACCUUAACUGGCAGGAGAUGAACAGUGCUGUUACUGAAUUCCUGCUGCUGCUCGACAAGGGAGUUUACGGCCUGCUGUAUUUUGCCGGUCAUGGCUAUGAGAACUAUGGCAACAGUUUCAUGGUUCCUAUUGAUGCUCCAGCUUCCUACACAUCAGCGCACUGCUUAUGUGUGCAGCGCAUACUGACCAGGAUGCAGGAGAAAAAGACUGGACUCAAUGUGUUCCUGCUGGACAUGUGUCGCAAAAGAAACCCAAAUGACGAUUUGAUCGUACAACCAGGAACACUCAAAGUCACUGCCAAUAUAGUGUUUGGUUAUGCCACAUGUGUUGAUGCUGAAGCGUACGAAGUAAAGAGAGAAGACGUGUCGAACGGCAUCUUCAUAAGCUUUCUCAAAAAGCGCGUGUGUGAGGAUGAGAAGGUCACCGUCAUGCUCGACAGGGUCGCUGAAGACAUGGGUCGCUGUGCGAUAACAAGAGGGAGGCAGGCUCUGGAGCUGCGCAGCAACCUGUCUGAACGACGUUCCCUCACAGACCGUAUUCAGCCCUCUGACAGUUCUGCAUCCGACUCUGCUCGGAACCUGCAGUGGGCCGUCGCUCAUGUUCUGCCUGAGAGUCGCUGCCUCCAUUUUGACUGCGGGGUGAAGGUUCAGCUGGGGUUUGCAGCAGAGUUCUCCAACAUCAUGGUCAUCUACACUCGGAUACUUGAGAAACCUGCAGAAAUAGAUUCCUGCUGCGCUCAGCUCACAGACUUCCCACAGGAAAUGGACAUUGACCUGAAGAAGAGUAACCAAGAGACUCUGUUUGAAGCCGGCUGUUUGCUGCUGAUUAAGGAGGAAGUUCCUUCACCGGAGGCCCAGAGUCUUUACACACGCAUCCGCAGUUUGCAGAGACUCAAGAGGGACCUCACCUUUACCGUCUGCCUUCAUUACACAUAUUCUAACAUGGAUGAAGAGGUCCAAGAGCGGCUGCCAGUAACGGUGGGCAAACCUCUGGUCUCCAAACUGAAUCUCCAUGAACCUCGAACGUCUCGUAGCUGCUCUGCCUACUCGUACUCCAGCCUCGACUCCUUCAACUACCCGGAGUGCUCCUCCUUCACGUCUGUCGACUCUGCCGUAAACACAUGGCCAUAUCAUGGACAAACCGGCAGCGCAGUUUCCCCCUCCAACUCUCUGACUUCACCCAGGAGCGCCAAUGUACCAGAAGAGACUGACAGUCCGGGAAUCUUUGAUUCACCUCAGCCUCUCACUUCUAGUAAAAGCUUGCCCCACUGCCAAGUCAAUGAAAUUAACUACAAAUUUAGUGAUAUGUACAACUUCCAUUCUUUCUAAGCAUCAUGACGUAGAGAUUAUUUCCGGGUUUUUAUGCUUAUUAAAAUUUCUAAUUAUUUCAUAUUUUUCACAUCGAAGUAUAAAAAUGUACAGACUGUGAGUAAAAGAUAUGUUAUCUUAAUCAGUGAAUGGUAUUACUCACAAGUGUUCUUAAUUGCAGUAUGUUUACUCUGUAAUACUUUGUAACAUUUCAAGGUUAAAGCUGAAAAAUGAGUGUAUGUUUUUGGGCUGGGCUAACUGCUGACUGCAUGCAGUGUACACAAUAUAUUAAAAAAAGGCUUUGGGAAUAGUUUUUAAACUUGGAUAUGUUUAACAAAGUAUUUUAAAAUGUGAACAAAAACCAAGAAUGUGCCCAUAUUUUGUAUGUGAUAUAUUUGAAAAUUAUUAUAUUAUAAAUAUAAAAAUAUGUUAUAUACAUUAGGUAUUUUUUCCAAACUUUUUUUAGAUGUAUAAAAAUACUAAAAUCAAAUUCAACACUGUUCAACACUAUCAGGUCCAAAGAAGGCAAUAUAAACUUUUUGUAAAAGCUGUACAUGAAUAUGAGUUAUUUGAGGUUUAUUUAGCUGAUAUUUUGCGCUAAGUUAUGUAUUUGACCUCAUUUUUAUAGAUCUGUACUUGUUUUUAAUAUAUUAUAAAUGUAAAUGCACUAGAUGAGCAAAAACUAAAAUGGAAAAAAUAAAAAUGUAGCAUGACUUCAA